AUGAGAUUCUUCAUCAUCCUUCUUUUGGCUCUCUUGGCUGUCACUGCUCUUGGUAAGUCAAAAAUCAAUUUCAAUAUGUAAGGUAGCUGUGAAAUGACAUUUCAAAUAUAAAAAAAUGUAAACUAACUACUUGUAUCAAAACAUUCGACUUUAGGAGCCGCCCACCACGGUAAGAAGCCAGCCCACCACCCUCCAGCCCACAAAGCCCCAGCUCACAAAGCUCCAGUUCACAAAGCCCCGGCCAAAGCCGGUACUAAAGCUCCAUCUGGAACUGGUGCCACUUCAGCUGCCAAGACUACUGGUGCUGCUGCAGCCGCUACUACCGCCAAGGCUUCUUAA